UGGAGAGCCUUCUCUACGCUUUUAAUUAAAGGGAUGGACAGGAUGGAUACUGUCAGGGAAUCAGAGUGGCAUUGCCUUUUCCACACAGAAAAAAAAGAGAGGUGUUUUAGUUUAUAUCCUGGUCUGGAUGACUUGUUAGCAGCAUGUAUGUCUUCCUGACUCGAGGAGCUGUUGUUUUCAAUACGGGAUUGCAGACUGGAUUACAAGCAUAUUGUUGGAAAAAAUGUACGUUGGAGAGGAGAUGGACCUUGGAUGAACAUUGGAAAAAGCCGAGGGCUGGAUUAACGCUGGUACUGUAUUGUACUUCUGCACAGUUCUAGUCUGCGGUUCUGAAGGUUGUUUUCAGUGUGCCGUUCUAUUUUUCUUGUUUCUACUGUGUUUUGCUUGGAGCUUGCGAAACGCUGAAGGCAUAAGGAGCCUCUGGAAGAUUGUAUGGGCACAGCCACUCAGUCCUGUGCUCCAUCUAGUUUGAACAAAGUAUUUUAAUUAAAUCUCAAGAAGCAGUGAUAGUAAAAAAAAAAAGGAGACAGGAAAGGACUAUUUUUAAAAAACUGCAUGCUGUGGUUGUUGCUUUUUUCCGGAGAAGAUGAAAAAGGAGGCUGUAUCAAAGUCAUUCCGGUUUAAACCUAAUUCAGGAUCCCUUUCACAUGCAGUGAGCUGGAUAAACUUCUCUACCCUGUCGAAACAGACAAAAAGGUUAUUCCGUAGUGAUGGUGAACUCCCAUCUUUAUGUGGGCAGCAGGUGGAAGAAGAGGAAAGCUGGACAUACAGACCGCAGCACAGAAAUGCUGUCUCCAAUCUAGAUGAAGAGAGUAGAUGGACUGUCCAUUACACGGCGCCCUGGCAUCAGCAGGAGAAUGUGUUUCUACCUUCUUCAAGGCCAGCUUGUGUGGAGGAUCUGCAUCGUCAAGCCAAGCUGAAUCUGAAGUCAGUACUAAGAGAAUGUGACAAGCUGAGGAGAGACGGCUAUAGAAGUUCUCAAUACUAUUCUCAGGGUCCAACUUUCUCAUCCUCUUCUACUGCAAUCUGUGGAAAUUACCAAGAUGAUUAUGAAGAAAUUGGUCAAAAGUCUAGUCUGUUAGACUGCCUCCCUCAGUCUUGCCUUAAUGCCUGCUGUUGUUUGAUUCCAUGGAAGAUCAAGUGUUCAUCCCCUUCUGAAGAGGAAAAGCUUAUUACCAUCAAGAGGCCCAGAACACCAGUUUCAAAUGAAUUCUCUGACAUUGACACUCAAACGAAUUGGACAAAAUCACUUCCACUGCCAACACCAGAGGAGAAAAUGCGACAGCAGGCUCAAGCAGUCCAAACUGAUGUUAUACCUAUUAACGUAACAGGGGAGAAUUUUGACCGCCAAGCCAGCAUACGGAGGUCUCUAAUUUACACAGAUACUGUGGUAAGGCGGCCGAAGAAAGUGAAAAGGAGAAAGACUAUUACAGGAAUCCCUGACAGCAUCCAAAGAGAGCUAGCAGUUGGCACUGGUAAAAGCGACUUCCGUAGCCAUUCGUUAUGUGUCCCUGAUCGCUAUUCCACGCUAGGAAGACUUGAUAGCUAUCGCUCUUCUGUGCAACAGUGUGACACCAAGGACUCCAGCUGUCAGACAGAGGAAGUUAAAGUGGUGCCACCUUCAGUGAGGCGAAUACGUGCACAGAAAGGCCAAGGAAUUGCAGCCCAGAUGUCACUGUUGUCCAGUUCUUCUGGCAAUAUGUCUGUGAUGAGUGAUUCUGCUGGAGUAGUAUUUCCUUCUCGCUUAAACAAUGAUCUAGGUUUUCAUAGCCUACCUCGGUCUGGGGCAAGAGUGUCCCUACAGCUAUUGGAACGUAGGCACAGCCUCUCUAAGUCAACAGAAGAUGGAGCUUCAUCACAUCUGAUAAGCAGAUUGCAAGCAGAUGGUAGCAUAGAUCACCUGAGGAACAGCGGUAGGACAGAUGUGCUUCCAAGAACAAAGCCUCAAGAGGUAAGGAACUUUGGGAGAGAACAAGCAGAAGGCCCAGCAUGUGUGGUUUCUCCACAUGCAACUUACUCAACCAGCAUCAUACCAAAUGCUACUCUGUCAUCUUCCUCAGAAGUGAUUGCCAUUCACACCACACACAGUGCUGGAUCAGCGGAUAGUAAAAUCACAAGUUCCUCUUCAUAUUCAAAACCUAGAGACAAUCUUGUUGCCAACAGCAUGGCAAGCACAAGAGACCAACAUAAUUCUUCUAGUGGUACUUGGAGGGAGAAUAGUUCAACACAUCACUCACACUCCUCAGACACUGUAUCAUCAAAUGCUGUGAUGGUGCAUGCUCUUGGAGAUUCAGGAGUAUCUCUUAGUGGUGCAGGAACUUUGGGAAAUGCCCCUCAAAAUCUUACCACCAACUGUAGGAACAAUCUGAAUCUUCCCAGCCACUCUCGAGACAUUGAGAGUCAAAGUGAAUCAGGUUAUUUGGGAGAAAAAACACAAGGAAGAGUUCUGAACACCACAAACUACAGUGGGUUCAAACGCUCUGAAAAUGAAGAGACUCCUAUACACAAGUUGAAUUGUGCUACUCCAGCAUGCUCCACACCUGUGAGUACCUUGAGCACUGGUAGUCUUGAAAGAGUCUCAGCCAAAGAAGACUCAAGCUCUUUAUAUUCUGUGGACCAUGAUGGGUAUUACACCUCCAUGCAUGUUGACUCUGGACUCAAGUCUGGUAAAGCCUGCAGUAAUAACAGCUUUGGUAACCCCAGGCAUAGCGUCACUAAUGUGUUUGAUGGAGUUGAGAAGAAAUCUCUGGGGGACUUGUCGAGCUGCAGUGACAAGUCCCUCUCACGAAGCAUAUCCUUGAAAAAAGCAAAGAAACCACCUCUACCACCAUCUAGAACAGACUCUCUCAGAAGGAUCCCCAAGAAGAAAUCUGAGUCCAAUGGGCAAGUAUUGGAUGACUCGUUGAUUGCUAGCCUCCAACACUCCUUGCAGUUGAACCUCAAGAGCAAAAAUGGCAGCUCACCAUCCCAAAGCCCCUGCAGUGAUUAUGAUGACCCGUGGGUGCUGCGCUCACGUAGCCAAAGUUCAGUGAGUGCCAGUAGCAGCAUGAUGUCUGCAACAGGCCUGAACAUGUACUCCAUCUGUGCUGUCACACCUUCCCAGAGUGAGACGAGCAGUAUCAAAUCAGAAUAUGCUGACCAGUGGGGUUAUUAUAGUGAUUUUCCUGGGAUGCCUGAUGAUCAGUUAAAAUCCCCAGUAGUUCAUUCCACUAAUUCUGCACCCAAGCUGAAUGAGUAUAAUGUUAGCAUCAGCCACCCUGAUGACACAUCCAAAGCUUCUGCACCACAUGUGCCCAGUGGGUUAUCCAAACCAAAAAUCACUUCUCCAGAAAAAUCACAUAGAGUAACAUCACCAUCUAGUGGAUAUUCUAGCCAGUCCAACACACCUACAGCACUUACACCGGUGCCGGUCAUUCUCAGAUCUAUGUCAACAGGAAAUGGGAGGCCCAAGACAAAGCCUAAAGUGCCUGAAAGGAAGUCAUCCCUGCUGUCUUCCGUUUCAGUGUCUUCCUCCUCCACAUCACUUUCUUCCAAUACAUCUGCUGAAGGAAGUGUGAGUGUGAAGAAACCUGACCCUGGACUGAGCUUCCCUCUGGUUUCUCCUUCCCCACUCAUGUCUCCCGACAACGACACUGGUGAUGCUCUUCUUCCUCCCCCACCACCCCCAGCAGCAGAUGGUAUAGACGUGCCUCCUCCCCCUGGGUCUCCCAAUUUCCCACCACCUCCCCCAGAAGCUGUUGUAAGUGCAUCAUUUCCUCAGAAUGCUCCGUGGCUUCAUUGUCAAGAUUCGACAGUGAGUCAUUUCUUUCCUUCAUCUCUUCCCCUUCCCCCUCCUCCUUUCCCCUCUUCAGUCCCUCCACCAGCACCAGCACUGGACCCCAAAUUCACAAAAGAUCCAUAUAAACAUGCCCCCUAUUUGUCAAAAAAAUACAUUCAGGAAGAUUCUUAUCACAGCACAAUAAAACAGCCAUUAAACAAGGAAGAGCUCCCGAGGCCUGCGAUGCCUCUGGUAACCACUCAAGCACUUCAAAUGGUACAGCUAAGAUCUGUACGGAAAGCGGCAAUAUCGGAGGCAGAAGAGUCAGUUGAAUCCACUUCCAAAACCUAUUCUCAGGAAAAAUUGGCUGAAGUUUUUUCAACACAGUCACCUUUAAAACCGUGUGCGCCUAUGAAGGAGAAUGAGAGUGUGGAUGAUGGUGAGGUGAAACCCCAGAGAGUUUCUGACAAAAGUUUUGUUUACAGCCUUAGUCACAGGUCUUAUCCAAGCCUCAGUGAUGGUGGGCCUCAACAUACCAGUAAUAAAAUGCUUGGAGAUGGAGCAAAUCUAGCUCACUCAUUUACCACCAAUUUACCACACGCUAGUGUUGAAGAAGCACUAGAGCAGAACCAAGGUUCUCACUGUGAUCUUUUAAGUUCAUCACUCCUGGGAGAGUCAGGGUUUCUCAACAAGCUUCAAGGUACAUCACCAAACAAGAAGCCACCACCUGUUUCAAAGAAACCCAAACUGUUUGUGAUGGUACCACCCCCACAGCCCGAUGUUGCAGCAGAAAAAAUAGGAGAAGUGAGUGAAACAGUCAGAAGCUCUCCAAUUGUAACUACAAGUGAUGCUGCAGUUGUACAGUACAGCCAGGCUGAAGACUAUCCUGCAGAUGGAUUCUCUUCCUUUGAAAUGGACUCUGGCGGUCUGGUUCCAGGAGGAGGAGCUGUCAGUUCCCCAGCCUAUGAUACACUGGAAAGCAGCAUCUCAACACAGCAGCCCGCACAGGAGGAACAGACUUGCAUAUUUGAAGAAAUUGGUGCUGACAGAAAUGGAGACAGACUCUCGAUACCAGAUAGGCACCUGCCUCAGGGGGAUGAAAGUGCUGAAGUGUCUGAAUCAGAUGCAGCAACCAUUCUUUUACUGCAAAGCCCUGUUCUUGAGGAAGGCAGUGAGAUGGUGGCAAUGCCAACUAGACCACGGACUACUGAGGAUCUUUUUGCAGCCAUUCACAGAUCCAAAAGGAAAGUCCUUGGCCGCAAAGACUCUGAGGAUGAUCAUGGCCGAAAUCAUUCGCCAUCACCCCCAGUUACACCAACAGGUGCUUCCCCAAAUCUGUGUUCCCUUAAGCAGGCAGGAUCAAUUCAAAGAAGCAUUCGCAAGAGUAGUACCAGCAAUGACAACUUUAAAGCUUUGCUGCUUAAGAAAGGGAGUCGCUCAGACACUAGUUCUCGCAUGUCAGCAGCAGAGAUGCUCAAGAAUACAGACCCAAGGUUUCAAAGAGCCAAGGUAGACUUGCCCUGGGAUCUCAGUGACAAUACCACAAGUUCUUCUCCUACCAAGAACAGACGGGCCCAGGAAGAAUGGGCCAGGAGUGAAGGCCUGAUGCCAAGGAGCCUGUCCUUUUCCAGUGCCAGGUAUAGUCGAUCUCGAACCCCACCCUCUGCUGCAAGCAGCAAGUACAGUGUUCGAAACCGGAUCCAGAGUAGCCCUAUGACUGUUAUCAGCGAGGGAGACAUAGAAGCAACAGAACCUGGAGAAAACAGGACUCACAAGUCUUUGGAAGAGGAGCAGCUGGAUGUGUUUGACAUUGAUGAAAUUGACUUUCAUGAAGAUGGAGGUUCCAGUGACAGUUCCACAGUACACCCAGAUUUGGUAGUUUAGUUGGCAAUACCAAAUCUUUUAAAGAUAUAUGUAUGGUCAUUAGGUAAAAAGGGUUGUGGAUUAAGAAACAAGGCACAGUUAAGCUAGAAUUUUAAAAAGUAUAUGCAAGAAAUAAGGAGCCAGACCUGGCAACAGGUCAUAGUAAGUACAAUAUACUGUACUUUGCUGCCAACCGUAUAGCAUGUGCUCAUAAAUUGAUGCUGCAGUACUGAUACCUCUGGGACUUCUUAGUCUGAAAGUAACUAGCAGGAAGACUUCUAAAGCCUUAAAAAUCCUCUAGAUGAAAACAAAAAGCAAUUCACCAGGUAUUCUUGGCUUCUGGGUGAUUUUUCUUUCUUUCCUCCCUCCCCAUUUUGGAGGGUGUAAAAAACUAAAGUAAGCCUGCAAGAAAAAUGGGAACCUUCUGUGGUACUAGAUGGCAGUAGCUUUUUAAGUGUGUAAGUUUAUGAAACUUAGGCAUCCAUUUGAGCAGGGACUGAAAGAAUUAAAUAUGCAGCCUAUUGGAGUUAGCAGGGUUGGCAUUUUCCCACUGCUUCUUCUAGUGUGGGCUUCUCUGCUAGUCUGACUACAUCAUAAUAGUUAGCUGUGCCACUAUCGUGAUCAUAGCAACAGAUGAUCUUCAGUCUGAAUUAUUUUUUUAAAAAAUCCAACAGGAAAGAAAUGCUGUUGUAAUACAGAACUGACUGCUAUGCAGCCAUAUUACAGCCCAUCUGUUUGGCUUUUCAGGAACCUAUUACCUUUACAUAAAUUUAUAUCUUUGAAAAGGAAUUGGGAUGUCCUUUAGGCAAUGUGACACAAAGGGCUACAUAUUUGUAAUUAAGAUGUACACGGAUAAUUUAGGGCCAUGGUAAAACAAACAGCAAAAUAGCUGUUAAAUUCUAGAUUUGAAAUCAGAGCUAACAUUUUAUAAUUUACAUGAUAGAACAGCCAAGAGUUAUUUUUGUUUCAUUGUGUGGGAAUGAAGUUAAAUUGUGUGGGAAUAACAUUGUUACCAGUUUUUCUUUGUUGAAAUGAGAAGAUGUUUAAAUAACAUAUCGCUGUCACUUGAAAUAUCAAACACUUGCUAACUUUUGGUUACCAAAGAAUAGAUUAUAGUAACUUUUACUUUUUGGUCUAUAGUCAGUGUUUCCUUGAUUUUGGGAAAUAAUUUUAAUCAUUUAGGAGACUUCCACUAAUUUUAUUGAAUAUUUACCAAUGACUAAAAAAAUAAAUGUACAUUUUCUUACUUGUAAAGAAAACCGAUUGAAAUAUCAGUUACAAUUUCAAUCUGUUUUUAAAAAGGAAACCUUUUAGUUUUCAAAAAGGAAUUUUUCAUAAGUUGAGUUUCUGUAGUUUUUAUAAUGUUUGUACAUAAUGAAAGUUCUUAAGAUACCUUUUGUCCUCCCAAUGUUGACAUUUCUACAUUUUUAGAUGUUAAGAAAAACCCUCUAUGUAGAUAAUUUAUUUUAAUGAACAACACUUGACUCCUUUUUUCUCCAUCUCUGUAUUUGCUAGUACUGUAAAUUUCAGGGGCCUUCACUUAACUCAAGAAGGGGUAUGAAAAUGCUAUGAUUCUGCUACAAUAAACAAGGCUGCCAUUUGUCA